AUGGCCAGACGUCGCUCAAGAUCCGUCGCCGUAAUCGUUCUCUGCAGGGCGGACGGGUUACGGCGGGCGGGCGUGGCGGCGACCGCGGCGGCGUGCGUCGUGAUGGGGGCGGCGGGCGGCGGCGACGUGGCCGCGUCAACGACGCCACGCGACGCCGCCGUCGUGGUGGCCCCGCGGUGGAGCGACCGCAGGGAGUGCCCGCCGUGGCGCGCCAACUCGCUGGAGAACAUCGUGCCGGAGAACCUGCCCCGCCCGUCGGCGCGCCGGAGGUUCAACAGCGUCAAGCGGGCGCCGCGGAAGGCCCCCGCGCUCGGGCCUCAAGCGGUGGCGCCGUUCCUGGCGCUGCCAUACGGCGUGGACGACUGCUUCACCCUCUAG